UUGGCUCCCAGCCCAGAGGACGUCCCUUCCCAGCCCCGCCGAUUCGGCAGACCUCGCUCAGACCUUCCAUUCUUGGGGGCGCGUCUCCGCGGACUGCAGAGAGGAGGCGGCACGGCGGCAGGUGACCUGCGUCUCCAGGCUCGGGUGCAACCUUGGGGACGUUGCCUGCAUCCCCGAACGCUGGCUCAGGGCCUCCGCAGCCAUCUUCAUGGAGGGAGGGUGCUAGGGAGGCGCGGCCUCUGGACAGGGACCCGCCCUGCUGCCGGGGCCGCCCAGCCGAGCCCCGCUGCGCGCUCUCCCCGCCGCGCCGCGCCGCGCUCGGCUUGUCACUUCCCCUCCCAGCCCGGCUCCGCGGCCUCCCGCGCUCCCCGCCCGCGGCCGCCCCGCCGCGCUCGCAGAGGCCGUCAUGGGUGCCGCGCGCUGGCUCUCGCUGGGCAGCCUCCUCGCCCUGGCGGGGCUGCUGCAAGGCCGGCUCGUGCGUCAGGAGGAAGCCGGCUUUGGCGAAUGUGACCAGUUUUUCUACGCCGGGACCCCGCCUGCAGGGCUGCCGGCCGAUGGCCACGUGAAGAUCUGUCAGCGCGCCGAGGGCGCCGAGCGCUUCGCCACCCUGUACAGCAUCCGGGACCGCAUCCCCGUGUACUCGGCGUUCCGCGCCGCGCCCCCCGCGCCCGGCGGCGCCGAGCUGCGCUGGCUGGUGGAGCCGCAGAUUGAUGACCCCAACAGCAGUCUUGAGGAGGUCACUAAUGAGGCUGAUGCCGUCACUUCUGUGAAGAAUCUGGGAAGCAAGCAAGCUUUAAAUACAGACUACCUGGAUUCUGAUUACGAAAGAGGACAGCUGUACCCGUUCUCCCUUAGCAGUGAUUUCCACCCCACCACAUUCGCUCUGACAAAUGCAGCUCCAAUGACCCCAUCCUUCCGGGAACGUUGGUACAUGAAUCUCAACAGCUUAAUGGACCAGGCCCUGACCCCGCAGUGCGGCGAUGGGGAAGACCUAUAUAUCAUCACAGGCGCCGUGCCCUCAGACCGCAAAGUUAAAGACAAAAUGACCGUCCCUGAGUUUGUUUGGCUGGCGGCCUGUUGUGCUGUCCCUGGAGGAGGCUGGGCCAUGGGCUUUGUCAAGCACACCCGGGAUGGUGAUGUCAUAGAGGACGUGAUGGUGAAAGAACUUGAGAAACUGCUUCCAUUUAACCCUCAGCUGUUCCAGAACAACUGUGGUGAAACUGAACAAGACACAGAGAAAAUGAAAAAAAUCCUGGAAAUGGUUAACCAAGUCCAGGAUGAAGAGCGAAUGGUACAAUCUAAAGAGGGCUCAGUGCCCCUCUCCAGCACAAGGAGCAAGAAGUCUGCUCUGUUGCCUCCAGAAGCAUUGGAGGAAAGGAGUAGCUUUUUGAGAAAACUCAUGGGCUUCAUUGCUACCCCAUUCAUCAAGCUUUUCCAAUUAAUUUAUUACCUUGUAGUAGAAAUCCUGAAGAACAUUGUGUAUUUCCUGUGGUAUGUUACCAAGCAAGUGAUUAACGGCAUAGAAAGUUGCCUUUACCGCCUGGGUUCAGCCACCAUCUCAUACUUCAUGGCCAUUGGGGAAGAGUUGGCAAGCAUUCCCUGGAAAGUAGUCAAAGUCAUAGUCAAAAUCAUCAGGGCCAUUCUCCGGAUCCUUUGUUGUCUGCUGAAGGCCAUUUGCCGUAUUCUGGGCAUCCCUGUCCGAGUCCUUCUGGAUGUGGCCACUUUCCCUGUGUACACUAUGGGUGCAGUUCCAAUUGUGUUCAAGGACAUUGCAAUGGGCCUUGGUGGCACCAUCUGUUUGCUCUUUGACACUGCUCUUGGCACCAUGGGUGGCCUAUUUCAGCUUGUUUUUAGUGUCUGCAAGAGGAUUGGCUACAAGGUUAAUUUUGCCAAUUCUGAGGAAUUAUAGAACUCAAACCGAUAGUGUCCAGUCACAGUGAAUUUGAUUUUUUUUUAAUAGAGAAAGCUGGAGUAUUUUGUCUUUACCAUGGGUUUUUGUUCACUGUCAGUUAUCACACUUUGGCCUUUGGUGGGGGUGUCUGCGUGUUUUUGCAAAAGAAGAUGGUACAAUUCAGACUUGACUCAAGAGAAAUGUUCAGGCUAGGAUUAUGUGUAGGUCAUCUGCCAUGAUACCGGCAAACUUCCAGGGCAUUAGAAUCUUCAGUUAUUCACGCUGAUGCAGAUGACCACCUAAGAUGCUCUGGUGUUCGUUUGUGAUAAUUAAAAUUUACAGAGGAGAGAAGAGUUAGAAAGAGGACAACUUUAAACCAAAGGGUUUCUGAGAAAAGGAGAGAGGAAUCUUGUUCCUCCUGUUAUUCUCUGAGACUUAAAGCAAAACCGAUAUAAAUAUUCUUGGCUAAUUUGUUAUCAUUUCUAUUUCUCUCCAACUCAACUGACCUUGGUGAAGUGCAGACACGCUUCUCUGUUGAAAUAACUUUCUUAGGAUAUAGAACGUACUAUAUCUCUUAGCUUUCCAUGGCUCCCAAGGACCUAUAGGUUUGUUGGUUUGUUUCUCCAAAGUUGAAUUUUGCUCCAUUUUUCAAGUAGGUAAUGAUAAGCAUUUUAUGCCAAAUGUGGCAUAACAAAUUUUGAAUGAAGGGCAAAGAUCAUUUGCCCCUUGAACAGUGGAAGACAGUCCUCUUGUGUGUAAAGAAGAGAGCACGAGGUCAGAGCCCUGCUCUAAGUAGGUGCUGUAGGUCUGAUGACAUCCUUAGCGAAGCUUGGAUUAACUUGACAUAGAUUAAAUCUCUGGCUGACAAGAUUGAGCUCGAAGACCUAUAUGUUAAGCUAAUAUGAAAAUUCAUAUUCUGAAACAUACUAGAUCAGUCUUUUUUAUACAUCAAGCAAGUACCCAAUACAGUAAAACACUCUGAUGCUGUACUUAAAUGAUUGUUUUGGCAUAAAUGUAUAGAAAAGAUCUACAAAAGAAAAACUAUUCUAGCAAUCUUGGAAAAAAGAAAAAAUAUUCUUAUACAUAUAUAUCCAAGUUUAUAUAUGUAUAAACUUAAUUAAGAAUCAUUCUCUCUUAGGAACUUAUUUUUAUAGUGUGUUUGAGGCUAGAAAACAUAACACUCCCUUAGUACAAAUUUGAUUUGAGAGCUCAUCUCCGAUUUUUUGAUCAAGCACUUGUCAUUUUACGUCUUGCACUGAAAAUAAGAGGAGAAAGCAGAGUCUCCUAAACUUUGCCCUGCCUUCCACAGCUGAGAUGGAAUCAUCUGGAUUUUUCUGUGUUAUAACAAGUUGCUGUGAGGUAGAAAGGGGCCAAGUAUAAAAUACUGAUCUUAGGGGUACAGGCCACCCUUCAUCCAAAAGUUAGAUGCAAAAAAAGUUAGAUGUAAAGAUCCCUUUCUGGGAUCCAGAAAGGCGAUAAGGAGCGAAUGAUGGGUUAACUAUUUGCAUCAGGUUGAUGGAUGAGGAAUGUGAGUGUAGUGAGAGUUACAUUUUGCAUAAAAAUAAUUCACUUGCACCCAAAGUAGAAGACUAGGCAGAAAGCUACCAUCCUGAUCAAUUUGUGAUGCAAGGUUGGGGAAUACGACAUCAGACUGGUCCAUGAUAGGGAGCUAUGCACUAGAUUUAUCUAAAAAUCUUAAGCAGUAUUUUACCAACACUUCUGUUUGUGAGCAUAAACAUCUGUAGUUGGGCUUCCCUUCACUUCAGCAGUGUGAAGGUACAUGGCAAGGUGAGGGCCUGGUACUGAUCGGUCAAGAAUCCUGCUGGAUGAAAGAAAGAGACGCUUAGAAGUGACCAGAGAGGUGGUCUGGCCAAACCCUCAUUUGAUGAGGAACCUGAGGCACAGGGAGGCAACAGACUGGCCUGUAGUUUCAUUGCUAACUGACAGCAGAUCAGGAGACAAGGUCUUUUGCACAUGUCCCAUCACCCUUGGCAUAUCAGAUAUGUGGUGUGUAUGCUACUAUUCAGCUGCCUUCCUGGACCAAGGCAGAGUUUUCUCCAUCAUUCAUCAAACAGACUCUAGGCCCCGACUAAUCAGUUGGAUUUGGCCUAUGGGAUGAAACAAUUAGCCAUCCAUGCACAACAUCGUGCUUACUGCCUCCCAAGGAAUCUCUAGUCCCCAAGAGUAUGUAUUUGCACACUGAAAGGCCCAGAGAGGGCAUUCAUGGCAGCUUGAGCCCCUUGGCACCAUGCAAGGAACAGGGCAUCCAAACUGCUUCUGGAGAGCUCUUUGGAAAUGUCUUCUUUUUUACUUCUAGUUGUUUAGUGUCUUAUUUAUUUAUUCUUGCGUGACCUUGUUUGAAAUCUCAAAAGUGAUGAUAAAGCAAAAAAAAUAUCCUUAAGGUUAGGUGGCUGAGACCAUUUGCUCUGGACCACUGGUGUUAGCUGUGCCUCCUGUUGACUGGCUUUGCUGUGUUGGGCCUGAAGCUCCAGCAGGUGGCUAGACUGCUGGCCUAUUCCCAACAAACUAUUUUGAGCUUUGAGGUGGGAGUUUGGGUUGUUGGACCCUAUCUCUGGUAAAGGUUUCUCUGUGGCUCUGUAUGUUCUCAGGCCCUGGGGGAGGCCAGCCUCCCCAAUAACUCUUCGUUAUUAUGGAGCUGAUUUUCUAGUUUGUGGAUCAGCCAUGCCUUUGGACACUCCUCUUUUCCAUUGUGCCUUUUGAUUGUUGGCUUCUCCUCUACAUCAGCACAGCACUUCCCCCUAAAUGCAGAUUAGGGAGUUGGAAAAAGGAACUAGAGUGAAACACUUAUUCAUUCAGUCAUUCAGUCAUCUAUCAAACAUGGCUUUGAACAUCAAGGUUGCAGAGAUCAAGAAUACAUGGAUUCCAUCUUUGAGUUCAACUCUAGUUGGGACAACAGAUGGUACAGAUGAUACGUGUGACCCAUCAUGGUAAGUGCUGCAAUAAAGGUACUAGCAGCAUGCUUCCUAGAGCACAGGAGAAAAAACCGUAAAACCAUGGGAAUUAGGGAAGCCUUUACAGAGGGUGUGACAAAGGUCAAUUUGACAUUUUCAAGCUAUGUACAAUGCUGUGCACCUUGUAAUGCUCAAUAAAGUAAUUAUUGACAACUCA